AUGUCGCUAACGGCAAAUUGCACUACUCACCAGUUUUUCUGCCACAUAUCCAGAGAGCAACAGAUCUGCCGGUUGGGAUGGUUGCUGCUGUUUCUGUGGUUGACCACAAUAUUAUGGAUGACCAAGGAUCUCUGGUGUGGUGGACCACCCAUCGAGACGACUUCUGAAGAUUGUAUCUUGCCUAAAGAGGAAAUAAAAACAGAAAAGAAGUUUGUGGCCGCGUGCUGA